AUGGAUCUCGCCGAAUCCCUGGGCGUGCGCGACGCUGGGCGUGCUGGGCGUGGGGAAGCGUGGCUCGCCGGGGUGUCGCAGCUGAUCGCUUGCCUGGAUGAGGGCCUGCGCAAGGAGCCCCGCGCACCUGGCGACUUCGAGCUCCUGGCGCAGCAGCUGCGCGGGCAGAGGCGCCGGGAGGCGGAGAAGGUGGUGGCCCAGCGGAUGAAGUCCAGCCGGGCGGUGGCCGAGGCGCAGUCGGCUCUCGGACGCUUCCUGGACAAGCGGGCGGCCAGCGUGCAGGAGGCGAGCUGUGCGGCCUCGGACGCGCAGGGGAGGCUGCAGCGAUUGCAGGAGCAGAGCAACGGCGUUCGCGCGGUGGCACUGCGGAAGGCGCAGGCGCAGGUGGCGGAUGUCGAGCAGCGGGCUCUGCAUGAGGCCAGGGCGCGCAACGCCAUGUUGGAUCGAAGGGAGUCGGAGAUUCAGGCCCUGAAGCGGCAAACCGCGUCUUUGAGCACCGCCUGCAACGCCUGUUGCGGCGACCUGAUGAACAUCAGCCAGACGCUUGAGGCCGCGGCGAGCCAGGCUUCGGAGGUGAACCACGAGAAGAGUCUGGUCCAGACGCGCUGCCUGAGACUGGAUGCCAGGGAGGCGGCGCUUCAGACCAUGGAAAGGGCCUGGAAGGAGGUCGCGCGGUCGAGCCCGAUCUCGGCCAGAAGCCAGGCAAAGGCCUUGGACGCGGCCCGCGACCACCUCGUCCGCGCGCUCCUUCGGGACAAGGUCUUCACGGGCAAGAUGAACCAGCUCUUAGACGGGCUGCAGGAGGCCUCGCCAGCCGCGAAGAACUUCCCCUCACCCGCCUCGGAUCCCUCCAACGACCAAAGCCUCGGCCCUUCAGAGGCUAAGGAGGAAGGCGCCAGUGCAGACUCCACCGCGGAUGCCGGGGAGGGGAACGAAAACCUCUCGGUCGUCUGGUCGCCGGUCAACGGCAGCGCAGCAAGCCAGGGAAAGGAACGUUCUGCCAUCUCUGCCUUCGGUCCAAUCAUCAUCAAUGAUCUCUUGGGUGCCAUCACGAUAGACUGCCAAAAGUACGUCUGGCUGGCAAUGCCAACGAAUCAGAACUCCAGGACGAUUGCCUGGGGUGCUCCAUUCAUCUCGCCUGUAGUACUCGUUGGGAGGCAGCUGGUGGAUGGCUGCUUCUGCCUCACGGUGGAUAGCGUGUGCAACCUCAAUUGGAAUGCCUUGAGGGCCGUUUUCGUUGUGAACCCCACCCAUAGGCCUAGGCGGAACGCCGACGGCAUGAUUCUGCACCUGCGGCUCCCCGUCAGGUUCUUCGACAUAUACCCUCUGUCCUUGUCUUCGUCUCAAACCCUGCUCUCUCUCUCCCUCCUCUCUCUCAACCCGCCGCGCAAGCACAGCCACAUCAUCGACAUACUGGAACUGAGCAAUCACUUCCCCGAGUUGCUGCGUCUCAUCACCUUCGUCAGCGGCCCAUAUCCCUCUACGAGCAUCAUGAUCAUCCUGGUCCCCAGGGUCCCUGACAAUGACACCCUCUCGCUCACUGCGCUCAACAUGUUCGUCCUCGGCAUCCGGCUCACUCCUCUCUGA